CCCUAGUCAAGUAGUCAUCGCAUUAUCUUGUUAGAGUUUCUCACUCCAAAACUUCAAUUUCCAUUUUCUCUCGAGCACAGCCUACGUUCUUCGUUUCGCAACCGUCGCCCGUACGUUAUCGGAACUCUGGAGAAGAAGAAAACGAGCAUAAAAAGGUAAAAAAUCCGAUCGUCUUCUGUCGCAUAUCACGCGAUCUGCAAUCAGAGCAUAUCGAGAGAGAUUGGAUCGAAGUUAAGGUUGAAUGGCAGAUGUGGCGGAGAAUACUCUCUCCUGUGCUCGAUGCGGCAAACCGGCGCAUCUCCAGUGUCCAAAGUGCAUUGAACUAAAGCUUCCUCGUGAAGGUGCUGCUUUCUGCUCCCAAGACUGUUUCAAGGAUUCUUGGAGCUCUCACAAAUCAGUUCAUUUGAAGGCUAAGCUGUCCUCAACUGGGACAGGUGCUCCCAGUGAUAAAAAUUUAGAGAAAGAUGCAGUUAGUGAAGGUUGGCAAUAUUGCAUGAGGAGAGGACAGUCUCGAACUGCUAAACUUCCCCAUUUUGAUUGGACGGGGACACUAAGGCCAUUUCCUAUAUCCAGAAAUCGUAUUGUACCUGCUCACAUUGAUAAACCUGACUGGGCAGUUGAUGGGAUCCCAAAAAUUGAGCCCAACAGUGAGUUGCAGCAUGUUGUUGAGAUCAAGACUCCAGAUCAGAUUGAGAGAUUGCGAGAAACAUGCCGGAUUGCUAGGGAGGUUUUAGAUGUAGCAGCUAGGAUGAUUCAUCCUGGUGUCACAACUGAUGAAAUUGAUAGAGUGGUUCAUGAGGCUACUAUUGCUGCUGGUGGAUAUCCUUCUCCACUCAACUAUAAUUUUUUCCCCAAGUCUUGCUGCACGUCAGUUAAUGAAGUGAUCUGCCAUGGAAUUCCUGAUGCCAGGAAAUUAGAGGAUGGUGACAUUGUCAAUGUUGAUGUGACUGUAUACUAUAAAGGUGUCCAUGGUGAUCUUAAUGAAACAUAUUUUGUGGGAAAUGUUGAUGAAGAAUCUCGACAGUUGGUGCAGUGUACAUAUGAGUGCUUGGAGAAAGCAAUAUCUAUUGUGAAACCUGGAGUGCGGUUUCGCGAGAUAGGAGAAGUCAUUAAUCGUCAUGCUACAAUGUCUGGCCUCUCUGUGGUUAAAUCGUAUUGUGGUCAUGGUAUUGGAGAGCUCUUCCAUUGUGCCCCAAACAUUCCACAUUAUGCCAGGAAUAAAGCUGUUGGUGUGAUGAAGGCUGGACAGACUUUUACCAUUGAGCCAAUGAUUAAUGCCGGGGUUUGGCGUGAUCGAAUGUGGCCUGAUGGAUGGACCGCUGUGACUGCAGAUGGCAAGCGAAGUGCUCAGUUUGAGCACACUCUUCUGGUGACAGAAACUGGAGUUGAGGUUCUUACAGCACGACUGCCUUCAUCUCCCAAUGUGUUUCCUUGGCUAAAUCAACAGUAGCUGUCUCAAUUCCUGCAGGUUAGAAAGCUAAGACAUAAAAAAUAUUUCAAACGGGGAAAGGGCGUACCAUCCAUUCUGUUGAAUGAUGUCUUGUAAUUUGUUAGAAAAUAAUGCUUCAAUUUUCAAUUUGGUUUAGUAGCAAGCUUGUGUAGGGUUUUCCGUCUCCGUUACACUUUUUUGAACAUCAGAUACAGAUAGAAACAUAGUUGAGUCUACAUCCCCAGGGAAGUUUUCUGUUUUCCCUUCAAAAUGAGGGCGGCCUUUCCUCCGCUCCUUAAUACCGCAGUCUUGCCUUCUAUGUGAUUAUUGUGGUGAAGCAAUACUCUAAAGUUUGUAUCUUUUUCAGGUGGGCCCGAUUCAUGCAGCCCAAACCUUUAAAACUUUAUACUCCUCAUGGAGGCUUAAGAAGUGUUCAAGGUAGUUGAUUUAAGUUUUGGUAAUUAAUUCUUUUUUUUUU